GGGUGUAUGGGUGGGUCCAGGGAAGCUUCUGGUUCAACGAUGAGAGUGGUUGAGUUUCUUAGGUUACAGCGUCUGACCUGUGGAACGGGGUAUGUAUACACCCUAAGGCAUAAUUAGCUCAAGUGUUGUGGUAGUUUAUUCUAGCAAAAACAUCUUUAAAGCUUACGUUCCCUUUUAUGGAUCUAAUGAGGUUCUGUUGGGAUUCAGUAAUGAGAGCGUUAAUCUUUGCAGCAUUUUCUCAUCACUCAAAGGGCACACCCCCUCUCAAGGCGCCUACUGAAUAGUCCACUCUCGCGAGAGUCAGACAAAAGCCAGGCUUUUUAUUAACCCCGCCCCCAGCCCUAUUAGUUACCAAGCAACAAUGCCACCAGGCUCCGCGGCACUGGGAAACUCGGGUGCUUGUGAUCUCUCUGGUUCCCACUUACACCAGCCUUCCCGAGCCCGCGUAGGCUAUUGCGACCCGGCCCCGCCCCCUGGGCCCUGCAGGCGCCCGAUUGGUGGAUGAUUCUCUCCAGACAUCUGAAGAGCUGCCAUGUCUGGGGCAUCUGUCUCAGAACAGAACAACAACAGCUAUGAAACUAAAACCCCAAAUCUUCGAAUGUCAGAGAAGAAAUGUUCAUGGGCCUCCUACAUGACCAACUCCCCGACUCUCAUCGUUAUGAUUGGUUUGCCAGCCCGGGGUAAAACCUACGUGUCUAAGAAACUAACACGCUACCUCAACUGGAUUGGAGUGCCCACCAAAGUGUUUAAUCUUGGGGUGUAUCGGCGUGAAGCAGUCAAGUCCUAUAAGUCCUACGACUUCUUUCGGCAUGACAAUGAGGAGGCCAUGAAGAUCCGCAAACAGUGUGCUCUGGUGGCGCUGGAAGAUGUUAAGGCAUAUCUCACUGAGGAGAAUGGUCAGAUUGCGGUGUUUGAUGCCACCAAUACAACCCGGGAGAGGAGGGACAUGAUUUUGAACUUUGCUGAACAGAAUUCCUUCAAGGUAUUCUUUGUGGAAUCUGUCUGUGAUGAUCCUGAUGUCAUUGCUGCCAAUAUUCUGGAGGUUAAGGUGUCGAGCCCUGACUACCCUGAAAGGAACAGAGAGAACGUGAUGGAGGACUUCCUGAAGAGAAUUGAGUGCUACAAAGUUACCUACCGACCCCUUGACCCAGACAACUAUGACAAGGAUCUUUCUUUCAUCAAGGUGAUAAAUGUGGGCCAGCGAUUUUUAGUCAACAGAGUCCAGGACUACAUCCAGAGCAAGAUAGUCUACUACCUCAUGAAUAUCCACGUCCAGCCUCGCACCAUUUACCUUUGCCGGCAUGGAGAAAGCGAGUUCAAUCUCUUGGGGAAGAUUGGGGGUGACUCUGGCCUCUCCGUGAGGGGAAAGCAGUUUGCCCAAGCUCUAAGGAAGUUUCUGGCAGAACAGGAGAUAACAGACCUCAAAGUGUGGACAAGCCAGUUGAAGAGGACCAUACAGACUGCUGAGUCUCUCGGGGUGCCCUAUGAGCAGUGGAAGAUUCUGAAUGAGAUUGAUGCUGGCGUGUGUGAAGAGAUGACCUAUGCCGAGAUUGAGAAGCGGUACCCAGAAGAAUUUGCACUUCGAGAUCAAGAGAAGUAUCUGUAUCGAUAUCCUGGUGGGGAGUCAUACCAGGACCUGGUGCAGCGGCUGGAGCCUGUCAUCAUGGAGCUGGAACGUCAGGGCAAUGUCCUUGUCAUCUCCCACCAGGCUGUCAUGCGCUGCCUCCUGGCCUACUUCUUGGAUAAGGGCGCAGAUGAGCUACCAUACUUGAGAUGCCCUCUCCAUACCAUCUUCAAACUUACUCCUGUGGCCUACGGGUGCAAAGUGGAAACAAUUAAACUUAACGUGGAGGCCGUGAACACGCACCGUGACAAGCCAACUAACAACUUCCCCAAGAACCAAACCCCUGUAAGGAUGAGAAGGAACAGCUUUACGCCUCUGUCCAGUUCGAAUACAAUAAGGCGUCCAAGAAAUUACAGUGUUGGGAGCCGGCCCCUCAAGCCCCUCAGCCCUCUCCGUGCCCAGGACUUGCAAGAAGGGGCCGACUAGCCGAAGACCCAAGUCAGCAUUCCGGUGGUGUAACCGUGUGUUUCCCUCCAGCCCUGGCCUCCUGCCUUUGCCACUAAUCACCAAGGAGUCAUUUAACUUCCUCCCUCCACCCCCACCCCUGACACUUCACCAUGAAUCUUAACACAGAACAUGAGGUUACGUGUUUAUAGGACAACUUUAGCUGUUCUCCAGUUUGAAACAUCUUUCCACCCAGGGGCAAGUUAGCAAAUUGAGUCUUUUAGGACAGAUUAUCAGAUGGGAUGGUCUGGAGGAGGAGGAAAAAGGCCCCCUUGGGGCUGAGCAUGCCCCACACUCUUGGUUCUUCUCUCUGUUCUCUGGUGUCUUACUUCACUAAUGUCCUCGUGUUGGUGAAGUGUUGGGGGAUGGAGGGCGGGUGAGCAGUGCGGGGACAAAAGUCUAUUUUUCCUUCACUUUCGUCUCUUCAUUGUGUGUUUUCCUCACAGUCCUUACUUGACUGCUUUCUUUCCCCACUUUCAUGUCCCCUCUGGAUUGUCCAGUGUAAUGCAUGACAUUGUGGUGUCUGUCUAGGAAGGAAGGGGUGAUUGGCAAGAGACAAGUCUGGCCCAGUUGAUGCUUUCUGCAGUGGGUCUAAAUGGAUCUGGACUGGAGGAGUCUUUCCUUUCCUUUCUCUCUUUCUCUCCAGCUAGGUCCUGCAAGGGCCAGCCUAGGCUACAGAACAUCCACAGAAUAUUCUCGAGCUUGCAAGUGGACAUAGGGUGAGAGUUCUUGCCUCCUUUCAUGAGAAACAGUCCUAAGUCUUCGUUGCCCUGGGGGAAUCUGGCUCUGAGCAUGUGGGAAAUGUCUUGGUUUUUAUUUUUAACUUAGUCAGGCCUGGGUCUUUUGAGGUCCGCAGAGUGGGGUUUAGGAGAGUAGCGUGGGCUCUAGCUCUUACAGGACUCUUGGUGAGUAGUCAUAUCUUUUCUCCCAUGGCUCCCAGGUUCCUUGCCAAUCACAGCAACUUUUCCUGCCAAUCCAGUAUCCUCUGGGGCUGUUUAGAAGGGCAGUUAGAUUCAGGAGUCACCACUGAUGUUUGAAUUGCUCAAGGCAAGAGGCAGAGAAGAGUUCACUAAAACUGCUUAUUUUUGAAUACUUUCAGCACACUCUCCUUUAGAAGAAAUAAACAUCAAAACACAAUAGUUUUUAUAUGAGCACUUUUUUCCCCCAAAUGUGGAAAAGCUUGAUGAUGAAUUUAAUCUCUCUCAUUGGAGUAUUCUUUUGUUCAUAAGGAGAAACUAUCUCAUCUUGAUGUCCAGAGAAGUCCUUGGAACCCUGUGGGAUGUAGCUCUUAACUGUUUGUAUUUCUCUAUUCAUUUCUGUCAUUUCAUUUUCUUUGUAGGGUUAAACGUAAAAUCUUCAGGGAAGAAAUUCUUAGCCCCUUGAUGACCUUGAUGGCUUAUCCUCUUUCCCAAUUUUGCCUGCAAAAUGUACAAAUAUAUGUAUGUUUUUUUGGGAGGCAAGUUUAGGGUUCUUAUGGGAUUUUAAAAAGAGAUAGGUGACUCCCCACCUGAAAGUUAUCAGCUUGUCUUUUAGAGGUAGCCAGUGAGAAGAAGUUAGCUGUUUUCCAAGGGUGUUUUCAUUUGGUAAUGGAAGACUUUUUGCUGUCGUUCUCAUCCAGGAGUUUUCCUUAGAAUCUCCUUUAGAAUUGUUGAAUCAUAAACAUGUCUGUGUCUACCUUAUGCUUAAUACUGACUCAGAAUCUUUGGGGUCUGGGUCUGGACUUGCAUGUAUUUAAGUAGCUUCCCGGAUGAUUCUGAUUCAUAGCCCGGGUUAAGAACUCCACCUUAGAAAGUUAGGUGGAAAAAUACUGGGAUAAUAGUUCCUCAGAAAAAAGUGUCAGCCUAGGAAUUCUGAAUUCCUCAUCAUCCUGAAAGGACAGUUCUUUGGGUUUGAUGUUUGAGCAGAUCAUAAUGUUAAAUGAUAUAACCCCCUGGAAGGCAGGCUGCUGUGUUUGAGGGUUAUUCUAGGUUCUAGUCCCAUCUUUAACCCUUUACAUUGCUGAGUGAUGUGGAACAAAUCACUGAAUUAAAUAAUUGCCUCUGGAUUUUAAGCACCCUGGGGAGAGGUACAGACCCUGCAGGAUGAUAAAGGUUGUCUUCACUGGCAACUGACUCCUGACCCCAAGUCCUUUACUCAUGUAUCCCAAGUAGGAUACCACAGCCAGCUUCUAAAGGCUGCUUACGUAGAUUCUUCUCAAAAUUGUGUCCAAUAUGUUAAGUAACCUGCUAUUCUUGUUUAGUGGUUAUAUAACGUGUACUUAGUGUCUUUGUGGAGCUUUGGGCCAGUGCGGGCAGGGAUAGGGGAAAGAUACAUAGAAGUAGAAGAAAAGGUCCUUGCCCAGAGGAAGGUUAUUUUAAGAGACAGGACAUGUAAUUUAUAACAAGUGGACAUUUACAUUAUAGCAACACUCUGAGUCUAGAAGUGUUCACCAUCACAUCGCUUCUCCUGACUUUCCUGUUGUCCUAUGGCUAUGAGACUACAAGGAUUAGGGGAUGGGGAUGCCCCCACCACCACCAACGUGAGAAUGAGAUAUGGUUGGGGAGGCAUGUUUGGCACUUUUACAAGAUUGCAUUGUCUACAUUCGCUUGGAUGCUGGCAUCUGUAGCCCAAAUGGGCAUUCAGCCUUUCUUCUGCUGUGAGGUGAGAGUAAUUCAGAGCUAGUGAAUGAGAGGAGGGAGCACUUUUCCACAGACUUUGGAUUAACACUGUACCUACUCCUAGCAAGAGGGGACUUCUCUAACAAGCUAGCAUUGUGUUAAUCUGUCAUUAACCCCAGCGUUAGAGACAGGUCAUGGGAUGUUCACUGUGGCUCUCAGCCUGCCACUAUUUCCCCACUCUCCCCCGUGCUAGUUUGCUUUCUCCAGAAGAGGAGCUGAGGUGGUCUUAUCCUCAGACAGGACAUGAGAAAUUGGAAUUUGAAAAGCAAGGGCUUCAGCAUCCUUUAGUUUCUAAAGCAAGAUCCCUUCAGAAAAGUCCAGCAGGAAGAAGCCAGGAGAAUGUAGAAUGGAAAAGAGCUCUUACUCCAAAUUUUAGAGAAGUUUCAUCUCUACUUCUCAUCUUUUCUCUCCUGGUUUUCUUACUUGAAUGCAUAUUGGUAGUCUGUAUACAUUACUAUGGUUAUGUCUGUCACAAGUCCUACAAAAUAAAAAUGGACUUAAAGUACUCUCUGCUGAAGCUGUAAGUUUUGUUUUGUGAGAAAUAGGUAAAGACAUUAGCAUUUAAUCUACUGGAAGAAGCCAGUUGCUGUGGCUUAUACCUGUAAUCCCAGAUACUUGGGAGGCUGAGGCCAGAGGAUCACUUGAGACCAGCCUGGGCAAAAUAGUGAGACCUCACCUCUAAAAAAAUUUUUUUAAAAAUUUACUUGUCUAAAGUGGGGAAGGGGAAAUUAUUCUGUUUUCUUAUUCUUGCUUCAAGUCUAUGACAGAUUUGAAAGAGAAUUCUAAAGCAGAUUUAGAGAGCCUGCUUCUCUUCUUAUCUCCUAAUCCCUAAAUUGGAAUUUAGCUCUUAUCUGUAUUGUUGUUGUGUUUUGGUAAAGGGAUGAUUUUACAUUGAGUUGUAAAGUAGAAUAAGACAAGCUUCUAGAAACUUGCAUGGUACUAGGGAUCUGCCCUAUAUCUUUGCCUCUGGUGUUCUGUUGUUGUUGUUAUUGUUUGUUUGUUUCCGAAGAAGUUGGAGUUAAGGACACAAUAUAUUUGUACCCCUAGACUGAAUGGGUGAGUAUUCCAUAUGAGGAUCUGGGUAAUCCUCUUUGCAACCCACAUUUGGUCUUCAGAGACACUGGCAUUUUGAAGAAACAUAUGAUAUAGCUGUUUGGAAAUAAAUUCAUCUAUGUUACUUUUUUUUUUCUUUUUUUUUUGUGAGCAGGAGAUCUUAAUUGACAGAAACUCAUUGGUGGUUGGAGUGGCCAAUGGGCAAGGGAAAAAGUAUCCAGUAAUCAGAAGAAUUGUAUCUGGGUUAUGUAAUCUUAUGCACAUUCCAUUGUCUUUGCCAAGCCUGUAAGCCACGUUGUGUUCACUGUCAAGAAAUUUGACAGAUUUACCCAGCUUUUCUAGUAUGUAUUUUGACUUAUUGAAAAUAUAUAACAACUGAGUCAGGUUGCAACACUGGUGGGGUAGAAUUGACUUUCCCUGAAGGUGACACAGAUAUCAGAAGUGUGUCCAGGGAUUUAAUUUAGACCCAUACUGUCCAGGAGACUGUCUCUAGUUGGAUCUCUGUGCUGACUGACUUCAGUGUCUGUGUGCUGACUGACAGACUCUGGUAGUGUCUAUAUGUUGACCAACUGAUAGACUAGUAGGAUCUGUUUGUCACUGACAGACUCUAGUGGUGUCUAUGUGUUGACUGACUGACAGACUCUAGUAAUGUCUAUGUGUUGACUGACUGACAGACUCUAGUAGUGUCCGUGAGCUGACUGAUAGACUAGUAAAAUCUGGGUGUUGCCUGACUAACGUUAUAGGGUCUGUAAGCUCACAGUCUGCCUGCUUUCUGAUUGUAUCCACUGAAGUGUAUGUACAUUAUGGUAAUUCUCUAUUAAAUGUGUCUAACAAAGAAAGGAAUUAAGCACUCCACAUGUUUUCUUUAUAGGGGAUAUGAUUUUAAAUAGACAUUUCUUAUACAGUAGUGGCCAAAUUCUCAUCAUUUUGUAAAAGAUAAAGGUUAUACAUCACUUUUAUGGUAUUUUGUGAACUCAGCUAAGGGAAUGCCUGUUUAGAGCCUGGAGUUGUUACCUUUACUUGAAGUCAUCUCAUCCAGUCCCCUGCUUUAGGGCAGAACUUCAGUUCCGCUGUUCGUUUCUGAAGCUUCUGUGUCGCCAGCUUACCCUGUUCUGGAAUGUUGUAUUCCAUUGGAUAGGGCUGCUAUUUUUAGUCAGCCAUGCAUUUGGCUUUAACACUUAAUCUAGUAAGUAAAAAUGAGCAGAAAAUUUGGCAUUUAAAAAUUGAUUUUAAGGGUUGGCAAAAGUAUUAUUUCCAGUAAGCCUUUCACUGGAUAUCUGUGACCAAUGUUUACCUAUGCAAUGUUUUUGUAUCUGAAUUGCUUAUGUACAUUUUAUAUUAUGUUGACGUAACAAGAAGAUCAACUUACGCUGGUAUGGUGAUGCUUUUGCUAUGUGGGGCUGAGCAUCUCUGGGUUGAAUGGGAAUGGGUCAGAUUGGGAAGCCUAGGAAUAGAGUUCUACUGCAGAUUUCCUAGGCACUGCUCUAUUGAAAGUAGGAACAUAAGUCUUUAGCAACAUUCUGAUUUAAUUGGGUGACACUGAUAACAAAGUAUGCCACUCAGAUCCAUUUAAAGUGUGCAUAACUGUAUUUGAAAUGUGUUUUUGUGUGUGUGUGUGUGUAGAAUGGGUAAAUAAAAUUGUUGAGUAACUUGAACCUA